AAAGCUGCAGUGUGUGUGCACAGAACACCUGAAACCUCGGACAAACAAAAUGACCUCAGUGGAGUCAAAAUCAGAGCUCUUUACUGUAGCCACAGGCGAUGGAGGGGACAACCAUCAGAAUGCGCCUAAAAAGUCCUUCUUUGAGCACUACAUUCAACCCUGCCUGGCAGAGAUCCUCGGCUCCACUCUCUUCAUGUUUGUGGGCUGUGUGUCGGUCAUGGGUAACGUGGGCAUCAGUGGGAGCAUCCAGCCUGCCCUGGCACAUGGACUAGCACUGGCGAUAGUAAUUGCGAUUUUGGGAGAAAUCAGUGGUGGUCACUUCAAUCCAGCCGUGUCUGUGUGUGUUUACCUCAUCGGAGGAAUGGAACUCAUACUCUUGGUGCCAUACGUGCUCUCGCAAAUGUUAGGUGGAGUGAUUGCUGCCGGCCUUGCUAAAGCUGUCACUACAAAUGAGGCAUUUGGAAAUGCAACUGGAGCAGCAUUUAAUGCCAUUCAGUCCGCUCAUGGCACUGGCUCUGCGACUAUGGCAGAGAUGAUAAUGACGCUCUUCUUGACCAUGGUUGUGAGCAUGGGCGCUGUAAACGGAAGGACCCGAAGUCAUCUUGCUCCCUUCUGCAUUGGACUCACUGUGACUGCAAAUAUUUUGGCUGGGGGUGGAAUAUCAGGAGCAUGUAUGAAUCCAGCAAGGGCCUUUGGGCCAGCGAUAGUGUCCGGUCACUGGACGUACCACUGGGUAUAUUGGGUGGGACCUUUGGCUGGUGCUUUGGUCACUGUCAGCAUUGUGAGGUUAAUAGUGGGAGACAAGAAGAUUCGUGUUAUUUUCAAAUGAUGGAGAUGGAGGACCUCAGAGGAUCUCAUGUUGCAAGCUUUUUAAAUUCCAAAUAACUUGUAAAGCAUUGUAUGAUAUUGUCAAACAUUUAUAUUAGUGCAGUAUUCUAAGCUUUUCUGUAUUCUGUUGCCUCAUUGUCUCUUGGACAAAUGUAUUUGUUGUUUUAGUUUUAUAGCCUGCCAUUGUGUAUUCUGAUGUUUUAUGUUAAUAAGCAUAAAGUCUUUUGUUAGA